AUGGCCGCUCGCAAAGCUUACAUCAUCGGUGUCGGCAUGACCGCCUUCACCAAGCCCGCCGACCGCGACUACCCCAUCCUCGGCCUCGAGGCCAGCGUCAAGGCGCUCAUCGACGCCGGCCUCACCUACGACGACGUCCAGUACGCCGCCGCAGGCUACGUCUACGGCGACUCCACCUGCGGCCAGCGCGUCCUGUACCAGCUCGGCAUGACCGGCAUCCCCAUCGUCAACGUCAACAACAACUGCUCCACCGGCUCCAGCGCCUUCAAUCUCGCCGCCAACGCCGUGCUCGCCGGUCAGGCAGAGUGCGCCCUCGCCGUCGGCUUCGAAAAGAUGGCGCCCGGCUCGCUCUCGUCCGCCUUCACCGACCGUGCCGCUCCCAUGGAGGGCACCAUGGCGCAGCUCUUUGAGAUCGAGGGCGACAAGGAGUACCAGACCGAGGACUUUGGCCCCUUUGCCGCGCGCAUCUUUGGCGCCGCCGGCCUCGAGUACUGCGAAAAGUACGGCGCCACCUGGGACCACAUCGCCGAGAUCUCGGCCAAGAACCACCUCCACGCCAAGAACAACCCCUACGCCCAGUUCCGCGCCACCCCCUCCAAGGAGCAGGUGCUCAAGGCGCGCAAGAUCACCCGCGAGGUCACGCUGCCCAUGUGCUCGCCCACCUCGGACGGCGGUGCGGCCGUGAUCGUCGCGAGCGAGGACUUUGUCAAGAAGCACGGCCUCGAGGACCGCGCCAUCGAGCUCGCCGGCAUGGGUGUCGCCACCGACUCGAUCCGCCUCUACGAGGACCGCUCGCGCAUCGAGCUCGCCGGUGCCGACAUGUCGCGCCGUGCGGCCAAGAUCGCAUACCAGCAGGCCGGCGUCGGCCCGCAGGACAUCCAGGUGCUCGAGCUCCACGACUGCUUUGCGCCCAACGAGCUGGUCACCUACCCGGCGCUCGGCCUGUGCGCCGAGGGCGAUGCGCACAAGCUCGUCGAGCAGAAGCUCAACACCUACAACGACUCGGGCAAGGGCUGGGUCGUCAACCCCUCGGGCGGUCUCGAGUCCAAGGGUCACCCGCUCGGCGCCACCGGUCUCGGCAUGAUCAAGUACAUGGUCGACCAGCUGCGUGGCGACGCCGGCGCGCUCCAGGUCAAGAACGUCAAGCACGCCCUCACCCACAACAUCGGCCUCGGCGGCAGCUGUGUCGUCACCAUCCUGCGUCGCCCCGCCUUCUUCAAGGCCGGCGCCACCAACUCGGCCAAGCGCUUCGGCUACAACGCCGGCGACCAGGUCAAGAGCAUCACCGAGGAAGAUCUCGACAAGGUCAAGUCCAAGCAGUUCUCCGACUACCUCCCCGCCGACCUCUGA